GCUGUAUAAGUAGAGCCGGGCACCCAGAGUAAAAGGAACAUCCACCCAACACCAACACCCAAGCAGUGAAAGAGAGGAAGCCGGAGCUACCUCAAGAGCCUUCUUUUCCAGCGAGUGUGCUGUGUACGUAGCAGAGCGAAGAGUUAGAGCAAUGGCUGGGGUGGUCGGCGUCUGGUUCGCUAAGUUCGGCCGGGAGGCGGCGCCGGCGGCAGAGGCCGAGGCCGAGGUCGUCGGCCGGCGACACCAGGGCGACGGCCUGCUCGAGGUGGAGGCCGUGAAGACGGUGCAGAUCCAGGAGAGGAGGAGGAGGAACAGCGCCGUCCUCGCCAACUCCGAGGACACGGUGUGCAUGCUCAUGGACCGCUUCGCCCCGGCCUGAUGCGCCGGUGAACCGGCGGUGUCCGUCCGUACGUGUAAAUUCCAGGGCACGUACGUAGGGGCGCGGGCACAAGGGAGGAGUCUAUGCCUUGUGCUGUGGUUGUGUGGGUUCCUCUUGUACAUAAGCUCUUUUUCAUCGCUAAUCGAGUGAUCGUAGUAGUAGUGCUCAUGCCUUUCGUUAAAAAAAGGAUAAUAAAUAAAUUAUGCGGCCAGUUGAAUCAACUGUAUCAUAUCAUGUACUCUUAUGUAUGACUGUAUCCUUUGAAUGGAUUCGUUUGGUUUCUAUGGCA